AUGAAGACAGAUUGUGCUUCAGAGGUCUACGAACCUUUGAUGGGCAACCAUGUCAACAUGUUUCCAGAUGCAACUAGUCAGGUCCAAGAGCCAACCGCAAAGAAUUGUGGAGCACCUCAGAAAUGGUGGAUGUCACUCUCACUCGGUCUCAAUCUCAGCCUUUUCGCGUUCGCUCUAGUCCUGCUCGCGACGGACAAGGCCCACAGUCACACCACAAAUUGGUAUCUGCAGCAGCUCUCGUUCUACUCUCCAGUGUUUGAACGUCUCAACUUCGGCACAGUCGACAAAACAGUAGAUGGAUCUCUAUUCAACGAGCACAGCCUACUCCUCCGCCGGGCGCCGUCUGCGGAAGUUGAUGCUGCUUGGGAAGCGCUUGCAGACAUCGGCAUCGUCACCAUCACCACCAACGAGGUCCUUCGCUUAGGCAAGAACCCAAACAAUACAGUGAAAGCGCCACCUGAAUGGGGAUACGGUACCGACGCGCACCUCGCCCAGCUAGACGGCCAGCACGCCCUCCACUGCCUCAACGCAGUCCGCAAAUACGCCUAUCGCGAGCACUAUUACCCUGGCUUCUACAUUCCCGAUCCCAAUUCCAACCUUAGCCUCAACUCUAGACCCAACCAAAACAAGCCCCAAACCACGUAUCCCGGCCAAAAGGAGUUUCCAGCCAUCCAUCAAGCGCACCUCUCCCACUGCCUACACCUCCUCCUCCAAACCCUGACUUGCAACCCCAGCACGGAUAUGAUAACGCACAAUUGGGUGCGCACGCAGGAGUAUCCGUUCCCGGACUUUGGGAUCAGGAAGAAGUGUAGGGAUCAUGAGGGGAUACUGAAGUGGCAGGGAAGGAAUAAGUUGAGUGAGGAGCAGUGGGUGGAGAUGGCGAAACGGGGGCCGGGCGAGGGUGUGGGAGAGCAAGUGGUGGAUAUGGAAGGCAUGUUAGGGGCGUGGGUUGAGGAGCAGAAGAAGGGGGAGGGAGGGAAGGGGCAGGCGCAUGGGUAA